AUGGCCAUUAUUGACGGGAAAACCAUCAGUAAAGAGCUGCGCGACUCGAUCGCCGCAGAGAUCGUCUCCUUGAAGCAGCAAGACCCUGCUUUUCUCCCCAAACUUGUCAUUGUCCAGGUUGGAGAGCGCCCAGACUCGUCCACCUACGUCAAGAUGAAGCUCAAGUCGUGUCAGGAAGUGGGCAUCGACGGGUCGUUGCAGAAGCUCCCAGACACCGUGUCCGAGUCCGAUCUGCUCGAUCUGAUCUCGUCCUUGAACGCGGACGCCAAAGUUCACGGAAUCCUGGUCCAACUGCCUCUUCCUCCGCAUCUGGACGAGGAACGCAUCACCAACGCUGUCAAGCAGGAGAAGGACAUUGACGGGUUCUCUGAGCUCAACCUUGCGGCCAUUUUCAAGAAAAACGCCGUCGCCAAGUUCGUCCCUUGCACUCCAAAGGGAAUCAUGUAUCUACUGAAACACGAAAAAGUCGAGAUCUCGGGCAAGAACGUUGUUGUUUGCGGCCGGUCCGACAUCGUUGGCGGCCCGUUGUCGAAGCUGCUCGAGAAAGCCGGCGGUACCGUCACGGUGGUGCACUCGAAAACCACUCCGGAUCAACUGAAAUUCUACUGCUCCCACGCAGACAUCAUCGUCAGCGCUGUUGGCCGUGCCAACUUCAUCACAGGCGAUAUCAUCAAGCAAGGAAGCGUGAUCAUCGACGUGGGGACCAACUACGUGAAGGACGAGACGAAAAAAUCCGGCCAGAGAAUGUGCGGAGACGUGGAUUUCGACUCGUGCAAAGAUAAGGCCUCCAAAAUUACACCUGUUCCAGGAGGAGUGGGCCCAAUGACCGUGGCCAUGGUGCUGGACAACCUGCUGGAAAGUGCCAAGCAAAGCAAAAAACUGUAA